AUGAACAGGCUCGAAGGAAGUUUACCAAAAUGGUUGGCUGUUAUGGAAAUCGGAAUCAUAAUUUUGUCAGACAACAGACUCUCAGGUUCUUUGCCUCUUAGUUUGUUUCAGUCUCAGAGCUUAUCGGUUCUUGAACUAUCAAGAAACAACUUCUCUGGUCAGAUCCCUGAUACGAUAGGCGAAACAUCAGCCAUGACACUGAUGCUGUCUGGAAACAACUUUUCAGGAUCAGUACCAAAGUCUAUUACAAAGAUCUACAGGCUACUGUUUCUGGACUUGUCGAAGAAUAAGUUAUCAGGUGAAUUCCCGAGCUUCAACCACGACUCACUUCUUGCGCUGCUCGACAUAUCUUCCAACGAGUUCUCUGGGAAUGUUCCAGCUUCUUUUGGAGUGAGCACUCUAAUGCUCUCAAUGAGUCAGAACAAAUUUCAGCGGCGAAUUCCCUCAGGACUUCACAAAUCUCCCAUUUCUGAUGCAUCUUGA